AUGGAAAACACUCUCCAACAAAAGAACAAUGUGUUCAAUGCCCAGCCACCGGAUAUUCCCAUCAAUAUCACCACUCAUGGCAGUGAUUGGUACUGGGCAGUGUGCGCAGUCAUGUUUCUGUCCACUUUUUGCUUCUUCGGAUUGAUGUUGAGAGUGCCACGAACCAAGCGUUUGUUCCACUAUAUCACAGGGUUGAUCACCUUCGUCGCGGGUGUCGCCUACUUCACCAUGGCCUCCAACCUGGGAGCGGUGGCAAUUCCUGUUGAAUUCCAGCGCUCAAGCGGGCUUGUUUCCGGAUUUUCACGUGAGAUCUUUUACGCACGUUACAUCGACUGGUUCAUCACCACGCCUCUGAUUCUGACGGAUAUCCUGUUGACAUGUGGUCUUCCAUGGCCCACCAUCUUGUUUGCCGUGGUGUUGGACGAGAUCAUGGUAGUCACCGGUCUCAUUGGGGCUCUGGUGAAGAGCCAGUACAAAUGGGGCUACUUCACCAUUGGCUGUGUCGCGUACUUCAUGGUCGCCUAUGUCAUUAUCGGGGUUGGAAUGUCGCACGCCAAAGUAAUCGGACAAGAUGUGAACCGACUGUUUAUCAUGGUCUCCGUUUGGACUCUUAUUAUGUGGACCCUCUAUCCUGUCUCUUGGGGUUUAUGCGAGGGAGGCAAUGUCAUCUCUCCGGAUUCCGAGGCCGUCUUUUAUGGAGUCCUCGAUUUGCUCGCUAAGCCAGUCUUUGGCGGAAUUCUGCUCUGGGGUCACAGCAAGAUUGACCCCGCCAGACUGGGGCUGCGCAUCAGCGACGUCGGUAGCACCACCGACCGCGGAUUCGCCGAUGUCGAUAAACCUGCCCCAGGUCCACUGAGAGAUGGUCCAGUUCCCACCUCGAGCAAUGCCCAUGAUGCCUGA